AUGCGUUUCAUCUAUUUAUUCUUCUUCGUCUUCCAACUGAGCAAUAUUCAAACAACCGCAGCGCAAACGGAUCAAACAGAACCAUUGGAUUUAUCAAUAUCAAAAGAAAAAAGAGAUGCAUUACAAGGCUUAUCAAUGGAAAGAAAGGAUGAAGAGGAAAUUGAACUGCAAUUGCUUCAAACAAAACCAUUGGAUUUAACCGCUUCAAAAGUCAGUGAUGAACGAAUUCCAAUCGAAACAGUCAUGAAAGUAAUGGAACUAUCAAAGGAAGAAAGAAGGGCGGGAAGGAAACAGCAUUGCAAUAUAUGUCAAAAGGAAGUAACACAUAUGAAAGGACAUUUGAUAACUCAUACCGGUGAGAAGCCGUGCAGUUGUCCGAUAUGCAAAAAGAAUUUCACUGACUCCAGUAAUAUGAAUAAACAUAUGAUGAUUCAUACCGGUGAAAAGCUGUACAGUUGCCCGACAUGCAAAAAGAAUUUCACUGACUCCUACAAUAUAAAUAGACAUAUGAUGACUCAUACCCGUGAGAAGCCGUACAGUUGUUCAUUAUGUAAGAAGAAUUUUACUCAGUUCAGUUAUAUGAAAAAGCAUAUGAUGUUUCAUGCCAAUGAGAAGCCGUACAGUUGUUCAAUAUGCAAAAAGAAUUUCACUCAGUUCGUGGAUAUGAAAAGACAUAUGAUGAUUCAUACCGGUGAAAAGCCGUACAGUUGUCCGAUAUGCAGGAAAAGUUUCACUGAACCCGGUAAUAUGAAAAAACAUAUGAUGAUUCAUACCGGUGAAAAGCCGUACAGUUGUCCAACAUGCAGGAAAAGUUUCACUCAGUUCGGGGAUAUGAAAAAACAUAUGAUGAUUCAUACCGGUGAAAAGCCGUACAGUUGUCCAACAUGCAGGAAAAGUUUUACACAAAAACACCAUCUACAGUUUCACAUGGUAGCGCAAACGGAUCAAACAGAACCGUUGGAUUUAUCAAUAUCAAAAGUGAAAGUGAAGGGGGAUGGAUUACAAGGCUUAUCAAUGGAAAGAAAGGGUGAAGAAGAGAUUGGAUUACAAGUGCUUCAAACAAAGCCCUUGGAUUUAACCGCUUCAAAAGUCAGUGAUGAACGAAUACCAAUCGAAACAGUCAUGAAAGUAAUGAAAAUAUCAAAGCAGGAAAGUAGAACGAAAAAGAAGCAACGCCACGAUGUACACCAAAAGCAAGAACAUACGAUGACUCAUACCGAUGAGAAGCCGUACAGUUGUCCGACAUGCAAAAAGAACUUUACUCAGUUCAGUAAUAUGAAUAAACAUAUGAUGUUUCAUGCCAAUGAGAAGCCGUACAGUUGUUCAAUAUGCAAAAAGAAUUUCACUCAGUUCGGGGAUAUGAAAAGACAUAUGAUGAUUCAUACCGGUGAAAAGCCGUACAGUUGUCCGAUAUGCAGGAAAAGUUUCACUGAACCCGGUAAUAUGAAAAAACAUAUAAUGAUUCAUACCGGUGAAAAGCCGUACAGUUGUCCGAUAUGCGGAAAAAGUUACACUCGAAGAUACACUUUGCAGUCUCACAUGGUAGCGCAAACGGAUCAAACAGAACCGUUGGAUUUAUCAGUAUCAAAAGUGAAAGUGAAGGGGGAUGGAUUACAAGGCUUAUCAAUGGAAAGAAAGGGUGAAGAAGAAAUUGGAUUGCAAGUGUUGCAAACAAAGCUCUUGGAUUUAUCGGCUCCAAAAGCAAAAAAGGAAGGAAAUAGGGCACAAAGUUUAUCAGUGGAGGGAGUGAGUGAUGAACGAAUAAAACCACUGUUACGGCUCGUUCCAAUCGAAACAGUAGUGAAACUAUCAAGGCAAGAAGGAAGGGCGAGAACGAAGAAGCGUUGUGAUAUAUGUCGAAAGGAAGUAUCAAACAUGAAAGAACAUAUGAUGACUCAUACAGGUGAGAAGCCGUACAGCUGUUCAAUAUGCAGAAAGAAUUUCGCUCAGUUGUGGAAUUUAAAAAGACAUAUGAUGACUCAUACCGGUGAGAAGCCGUACAGUUGUUCAAUAUGCAAAAAGAAUUUCACUAACACCGCUAGUAUGAAGCAGCACAUGAUAACUCAUACCGGUGAGAAGCCGUACAGUUGUUCAAUAUGCAAGAAGAAUUUCGCUCAGUCCGGGGAUAUGAAAAAACAUAUGAUGACUCAUACCGGCGAAAAGCCGUACAGUUGCCCGACAUGCAAAAAAAAAUUCACUGACUCCAGUAAUAUGAAAAAACAUAUGAUGACUCAUACCCGUGAGAAGCCGUACAGUUGUUCAUUAUGCAAAAUGAAUUUUACUCAGUUCAGUAAUCUGAAAGAACAUAUGAUGUUUCAUGCCGAUGAGAAGCCGUACAGUUGUUCAAUAUGCAAAAAGAAUUUCACUCAGCUCGGGGAUAUGAAAAAACAUAUGAUGAUCCACAACGGUGAAAAGCUGCACAGUUGCCCGAUAUGCAGGAAAAGUUUCACACAUAAACACCAUUUGCAGUCUCACAUGGGAACUCAUGACGUGAAUAGACCAGUCUAUCACUGUACUGUAUGCAGUAAAGAUUUUCAGACUAAAGCCGGCUUGAAAUUUCACAUGCGGAAUCAUUAA